GUGUGCCUUGUAAUGAGGGAAAAGUGAAAAAUGCUUCGCUAUAAUUUCAGUUAACUUGAUACAACGCAGACGCCUAGCAGAUUCACCAGGGGUGGAGAAUGAAUGGCAAUAAAGCGAUUACAGCUGCGUUUGCAGAACGAGAGAGCGCGCGCGAGAGUGAGAGCGAAAGAAAGUGGGAGAGCGUAAGCUUACAGCCCAGUUCAUGUUGCACUGUGGGUUCAGUUCAGCGUUAGUUGGGCGCUCAAUAUCGCAACGCGUCUGCGUUUUGAGGUGAUAAUUGUAUUUCACUAUAUGUAGACAAUGUUUAUAUGAUAAUCGAGACCGACCGACCGCAGCAUAUUAGUUGUUCAACAGACGUGCCAACCACAAGAUGUCGUCUAGCAAACCAAGGCAUAUACUCUCUUUGACUGCGGAGGAGCGUCGCUGCUUUGUGGAUUCGUUUUCACAUGUCUAUAGCGAUAUCGACGGCGUUGUCUGGAAUGUGGACGUCAUUAUACCACAGGCGAGCGCAGCCUUUGUGGCGCUGGAGCGUGCCGGCAAAGCAAUCACAUUUGUGAGCAACAACAGCACACGCACGGCCAGGGCUGCAGUGCGUCAGUUUGCCAAAACGGGCUUGGAAAUUAGCGAGGAUCAGGUGUGGCAUCCAGCACGCACGCUUGUCUACUAUCUGCGCAGCAUUCAGUUCGAGGGACCCAUCUAUAUUAUAGCAUCGCCACCGUUUAAGCAACUGGUGCGAGAUGCAGGCUUCCAGCUAAUCGAUGGUCCCGAUGGACGCAUUGAGGACGACUUUGAGUCCUUGGUAUCGCGCCUGUUUGACGUUCAGCCCGUGCGUGCUGUCGUCUUUGACAUGGACCUCAAUCUGAACGCCGUCAAAAUGCAGCGUGCUUAUCUCUAUCUGCGCCAGCCCGACUGUCAGCUGUUCACCUGUGCCACCGAUCACAAGCUGCCCUUUAUCAAGGACAUCACCAUACUUGGUCCUGGUCACUUCUCUGACAUACUAGUCAAAUCCACCGGCAAGCAGGGCCAAACGGUGGGCAAGCCUAGUCGCAUCUUGGGCGACAUGCUUAUGCAGCAGCAUAAGAUCGAGGAUCCCAAGCGUGUGCUCAUGAUUGGUGACAUGCUGCAGCAGGAUAUUCACUUUGGUCACACCUGUGGCUUCCAAACUCUGCUGGUGCUAAGCGGCGGCUGCUCCUUGGCCCAACUAGAGGCGGAAACCAGCCCCGCACACAUGCCCGACUACUAUGCCGAUAGCAUGGCAGACUUUCUGCAAUUGCUGGCGGAGACGCCAGCCAAGGCGCACUUCUAA